GUAUCUUGGCUUCUCCCUCUCUCUGUAGUUUUCUUCGUCUCUAUUUGGUUUGUUUUUCUCAGAAGUAUCUUGGCUUCUCUUUCUCUCUGUAGUUUUCUUCGUCUGUACUGGGUUUGUUUUUCUCAGAAGUAUCUUGGCUUCUCCCUCUCUCUGUAGUUUUCUUCAUCUAUACUGGGUUUGUUUUUCUCAGAAGUAUCUUGGCUUCUCCCUCUCUCUGUAGUUUUCUUCGUCUCUAUUUGGUUUGUUUUUCUCAGAAGUAUCUUGGCUUCUCUUUCUCUCUGUAGUUUUCUUCGUCUGUACUGGGUUUGUUUUUCUCAGAAGUAUCUUGGCUUCUCCCUCUCUCUGUAGUUUUCUUCAUCUAUACUGGGUUUGUUUUUCUCAGAAGUAUCUUGGCUUCUCCCUCUCUCUGUAGUUUUCUUCGUCUCUAUUUGGUUUGUUUUUCUCAGAAGUAUCUUGGCUUCUCUUUCUCUCUGUAGUUUUCUUCGUCUCUAUUUGGUUUGUUUUUCUCAGAAGUAUCUUGGCUUCUCCCUCUCUCUGUAGUUUUCUUCGUCUCUACUGGGUUUGUUUUUCUCAGAAGUAUCUUGGCUUCUCCCUCUCUCUGUAGUUUUCUUCGUCUGUACUGGGUUUGUUUUUCUCAGAAGUAUCUUGGCUUCUCCCUCUCUCUGUAGUUUUCUUCGUCUGUACUGGGUUUGUUUUUCUCAGAAGUAUCUUGGCUUCUCCCUCUCUCUGUAGUUUUCUUCGUCUAUACUGGGUUUGUUUUUCUCAGAAGUAUCUUGGCUUCUCCCUCUCUCUGUAGUUUUCUUCGUCUAUACUGGGUUUGUUUUUCUCAGAAGUAUCUUGGCUUCUCCCUCUCUCUGUAGUUUUCUUCAUCUAUACUGGGUUUGUUUUUCUCAGAAGUAUCUUGGUAUCUUGGGUUUGAUACAUUAAUCUCUGAAGUUGUCUUCCCUCCACAGAUCAAGCCCUAUCAGACUGAUAGACAUGUCCUCCUCCUCUCUCCUGUGGUGCCUGCUGGUGGUGUGUGUUCUGACUGUGGUCCAGAUCUAUGCAGCAGAGGAACCUAAAGUCCUCAAGGUGUUCAACCUCAGAGCCAGCGACCUGAACAGCGGCUUGUUCCAGACCCCUGAUGCCUACGUCAAGGUGUUUAUGGGCUCCGGCUACGGCGGGAAGACAGAGGUAAAGAACAACAACCAUGACCCCUGGUGGAAGGAGGACUUCAACUUCUUCAACGCCAUUGAGAACAACCCCAUGAGGCUGGAGGUGUACGACAGUGACGUGCUCUUCGACGACCUGCUGGGGACCUGCGAGCGCUCCAUCAAGAUUGGAACUUGGCAACAUCAAUGUUUCCUGAAGAAGGGAGGGAGCCUGUACUACUCCUACACCCUAGAGCCUCUACAGUAGACCCUGUACUACUCCUACACCCUAGAGCCUCUACAGUAGACCCUGUACUACUCCUACACCCUAGAGCCCCUACAGUAGACACUGUACUACUCCUACACCCUAGAGCCCCUACAGUAAACCCUGUACUACUCCUAUACCCAAGAGCCCCUACAGUAGACCCUGUACUACUCCUACACCCUAGAGCCCCUACAGUAGACCCUGUACUACUCCUAUACCCAAGAGCCCAUACAGUAUACCCUGUAUUACUCCUACACCCUAGAGUCCCUACAGUAGACCCUGUACUACUCCUACACCUUAGAGCCUCUACAGUAGACCCUGUACUACUCUUACACCCUCUUUAGUAAACCCUGUACUACUCCUACACCCUAGAGCCUCUACAGUAGACCCAGUACUACUCCUACACCCUAGAGCCUCUACAGUUGACUCCAUACUACUCCUACAUUCUAGAGCCUCUACAGUAAACCCUGUACUACUCCUACUCCUAGUACUACCCCUACACCCUAAACGCCUACAGUACACCCUAGAGCUCAUUAGACCCCUUCCACAUAGUUAAAACAACUUUUAUUAUUGAUAGUCCUAUAUCCAGUAGAGGCCUCUUGUUAUCUACAGCAACGUCUGGUCCCAUGGUCUCUCUCCUCUCAUCUAUAUUUACAACAACGUCCCAUUUCGGAUCCCUCAUCUGUUACAUGGAUUUCUAAUUCUCCUCAAACUGAGCUGAAAAACCGUCCUCCCCCUGACCUCAUCCUUAGGCUCAUCAUAACAGACUAGAUUCUAGAACAUUGAGCAGUACAAAACUCCACCUCCACCUUACAGUUAGUGUAUUGUAAUUAGUGUCUACACUGAUGUCUCUCUCUCAGUCUCCCACUUUGUGUAUUUAACUGAUUUGGGUAUAAAUCAGAUCUCAGGGGAUCAGGGACCAUGCAUGACAAACAGUUCACCAGAUUUAAGACUGUCCAUGCACCAGAUUUAGGACUGUCCAUGCACCAGAUUUAGGACUGUCCAUGCACCAGAUUUAGGACUGUCCAUGCACCAGAUUUAAGACUGUCCAUGCACCAGAUUUAAGACUGUCCAUGCACCAGAUUUAAGACUGUCCAUGCACCAGAUUUAAGACUGUCCAUGCACCAGAUUUAAGACUGUCCAUGCACCAGAUUUAGCAACAUACAACUGCUUAUUUCCAGUAAACGUGAUCAUAAAACAUGGGUUCUGUGUCUGUUUAUCUCGUGAAAUGCAGUAAAGAAGUUGACCUCUUGUCACUAUGAUUGUACUGUUAUGCUCCUUCUAGCUCUGUGUCUGAUUGGCUCUGUCCAACUGUCACUUCCGUGCUCACUCUACCAUGGCAUCAAUUAAUAAAAACUAGAUUCACUGCACAGGG